AGCUGCGUUGGGGCAUGCGCAGAGAGACCGCGGGCGCUUGGUGGCGGCCCUGGCGGGUCCUGAAACUUUGAGGAAGUUAGAUUGAAGUUUUCCCGCUGGUUUAGGGAAAGCUACCGGCAGUUUCCGGGAAAGGAGACAAGAUUCUGGCUCUGGAAGUACGGGUUCGGAGACAGCGCUUCGGCCCGGGGAAUCCGCAGUCUGAAGCUGGAGACUACCCGAGCCGCGGGCGAACCUCCUCCGAGGGCUGGUCGGGAAGCCCUCUCGGAGGUGGGAAACCAAGGCCCGGCCUCCGGAGCCCCUCUAAAGAAGAUGACUCCAGAGCAGCCUUUGCUUGCUGUGCACGAGGCCCUGAGGAAAUGCUUUCCCGUGGUGGAGGAGCAGCAGGGCCUGUGGCAGAGCACGCUGAGGGACAGCCAGCCCCUCCUGGCCUCCCUCAGCAACCUGGCAGAGCAGCUGCAGGCGGCCCACAAUCUGCGGUUUGGGGACGUGCCUCCACUUCGGGCCUUCCCAGACUUAAAAGAGCGGCUGAGGCGCAAGCAGCUGGCGGCUGGCGACACUGUCUUGGACAAGUUAGGGGAGAGGCUAGCCACCCUCCUCAAGGUGCGUGACACCGUCAGCAGGCACGUGGAGCAGGUGCUUGAGAUCUAUGAGCAGCAUGCAGACUCGAUUGGCAUUGAUACUGUUUUGCAGGCUUCAGUGGUCAGCCCUUCUGUGGCUGACAUGUUGGAAUGGUUGCAAGAUAUUGAGAGACAUUAUCGAAAUUCGAAGUUACCUGAAGAGGAAGUACCUCCUGUCCUCGAUCCAGUGGGGAGAUUUAGCAAACAUCCAAGCUUUGCCCAAGGCCUGGAACCAAAUUUCAGAAGAUGAACACCAAAGCCUUGUACAAGAUACCCUGUUGAAUGUUUCCUUCUUCCUGGAAGAGUAAGGAAGCCGUGUGUUUACCAGCAAACUAGGGGGACACAGUUGAAGACUGAUGUUGGUGCUUCCUGGUAUGGUAACCUGACAUACUUGAAAAAUCAGUGCCUAGAGCCUGAGGACUACUGGCUUCUGAUGCUGGGGUCUCUCCCUGUGAUGUCACGGCUGAGGGCACAUUGCCCUUUCCUAGGCUCCAGAGUGGAGGAGGCAGAGAGAAUGCAGGAAAGGCAAUGCAGGAGAACACUGGGGUAGGGACUACUGCCACAGAAGUGGUAGGGGAGGGGGUGUGGCACCACCCUCAGCAUCACCCAGAGCUCUGAGCUUGUUUGACACCCAGCCCUGUUCUGUGUAUUUGUGUCGGUCCCUGAUUCUUUGAUGGAAGAUGAUGAUUCUUGAUGAUUUAAAGAAAUAAAGGUGAUAAUUGAUGGAAGACAGUACAGCUCUUCCUCGACUUAGAGUGGGGUUACAUCCUGAUAAUUCCAUCGUAAAUUGAAAAUAUUGUAAGUCAAAAAUGCAUUUAAUACACCUAACCUACCAAACGUUAGUCUAGCCUACCUUAAAUGUGCUCCAAACACUCACAUUAGCCUACAGUUGGGCAAAAUAAUCUAACACAAGGCCUGUUUUAUAAUGAAAUGUUGACUAUCUCUGUAAUUGAUUGAAAAACAGGACAAUGUAUGGGCACCGAAUGGCUGUGUCAGCUGUUUACCCUCGUGAUCUGGGGGCGGACUGAGCUGUGGUGUGUGUGCUGCUGCCCAGCAUCACGAGAGAGGAGCGGGCCGCAUGUUGCCAGCUUGGGAAGAGACCCACGUUUGUGAAGUACGGUUUCUGGUGGACACGUAUUGCCUUUUGCAGCGACAGAAGAGUUGAAAAAUCCCCAGUCGAACCAUCUGAGGUCAGGGCAGUGUGUCAUUGUUUUCCAACUGCUGUAGCUCCAAGCCAUCAUGACAGUUUCCGGAGCCCGCCACCAGGGGGAGGUGGUGUAGCAUGAGUUAGGCUCAGAGCUUUGUCUUUGAGGAGUUGUCCUCCCACCCCGUCUGAGAGUAAGUGGCUGGGGGUAGCAAGACUGCUAAAAUGACAGGGGUUUUGACCAAAGCUGGCGCCUGAUUUGCCACAUUCCUCUGAUCUUGGAGUAGCUGCACGGUGGGAGAAGACCGCCCAGAAUCAGGCCAUCAGGGCUACGUUUCUGAAGCCCAGUGCCUUCAUCUGUGAAAUGGUCGGGUACUUCCAGACCUGUCAGCUUCGGGGGCUGUGGACAAAUCUGGGUCACUGGAUGUAAAGAGGUUUAAUAAAGAGUAUAGAUAUUUUUAAAAUGAA